GUUUUUAAGCGUUGAAAGUGUUUAAAUAUUUGCGCACUUUUCAGAUAAAAUUAUAGUUUUUCUUUUUACAAUAACUGAAAAUGAAUUGUUUAUUGUAGAAUGUAAUAUUUUUAUGUUUUAUCUAACAGUAACCAAAAUUAUUUUAUGAGCAAAGUGCAGCCAUAUGAAAAACAGAUAAAUUAAGGGAAAAAAGAAGCAGUGGAGAUCCUCAUGCCAUUUAAAGAUGGCACAUAUUAAAGAGGAGAGUGAAGAUGUGAGGAUUGAAGAAGUAAUCGGAGUGAAACAAGAAGAUUAUGAGGAAACAGACCUUAUGCCACUUAAAGAAGAGUUACUAAAUGAAAACGAAGCAAAAGAAGAGAAACAUUAUGAUUUCACAACUGGAGAACAUUUUAGGUGUUCACAAACUGAAAUGACUUCUUCACAAAAAAGAGCUCAAAAGACAGGAACUACAAAUUAUUUCACCUGCCAACAGUGUGGAAAAAGUUUUACUGAAAGUGGAAGCCUUAAAAGGCACGUAAGAGUUCACACUGGUGAGAAGCCCUACACAUGCCAACAGUGUGGAAGCAGUUUCACUCAAAAAGGAAGUCUGAAGAGGCACUUGAGAAUUCAUUCAGGAGAAAAGCUUUUCACGUGCAAACUGUGUGGAAAGAGCUUCUUACACAAAGGAAAUCUAAAGAUUCACAUGAGAGUUCACACUGGAGAGAAACCAUUCAUAUGUGUUCAGUGUGAACAAUUUUUUACACGUAAAGAAAGCCUUAAAAACCACAUGAGGAUUCACUCAAAAGCCAACUGCUUUGUGUGUCAACAGUGUGGAAGGAGUUUCCUAAACCACAAACACUUAAUAACGCAUGUAAUAACUCACACUGGAGAAAACCCUUUCAUGUGCCAUCACUGUGGAAAGAGUUUCACACUUAAAGGAAACCUCAAGACUCACUUGAGAAUUCACACUGGAGAGAAGCCUUUUACGUGCCAACAUUGUGGAAAGAGUUUCAGACAUAACGUAAGUCUUAAGAUCCAUAUGAGACUUUACACUGGAGAGAAACCUUUCACAUGCCUUCAGUGUAAGAAGUGUUUCACGUAUCAAAGAGACCUGAAACGUCAUUUGCAAACUCAUUCCGGAAUUAAGUUGCAGAGGUCUGAGUGUGACAAAAUCUUUAGAAAAAGGAGACGUUUUAAAAACCAUCUGUGCAGUCACUCUGGAAGAAGGCGAUUUAAUCGUGAUCAAUGUCUUACAAAAUUUAUUGUGCCAUCAUACUUAAAGAUACACCUGAAAAAUCAAGCAGAUGUGAGACGCUACUCAUGUUCUUUGUGUGGAAAGGGUUUUCAAUGGCUUAGCAAUUUAAAAUGGCACCAGAAAACACGUAUCUGUGUAAAAUUAAGGCUGCAUUCACAUCGUAAGUCUGAUUUUCUGUUAAAGUAAUUUUUUUUUUUUUUUUUGGUCAAGCUGUUGACAUUAAUUUAAAUGCAGCCUUUAUUAAAUAAGGUACAUGUCUGAACAGGUGAUGUUUUUAUAACAUUUCUAAUGACUUUAAUUUACGUCCUUUACAUACUAAUUAAAAGAAGAUUAACUGAAUGAGGCAAUGAACACUAUUGCUUAUUUAAUACACCUUUAGUUAAAGAAGAUUCAAGCAAACAUAAAUAUGGAUUUGAAUAUGGCUAUUGUUGGAGGUCAUCUGAUGACAAACUAAAAACAACAUACAGCACAGUUUUUACAUGUUGAACAGCUUCUAUUCAUAAUAUCAGUUCUUCAUCAGUUCCAUCCAUAGGUAUCUCUCUCACGAUCAUGGCUGUGUACUCCCUCCACUGAAGACUUUUUCAGUUUCUCCCAUUGACCAGUGAGACUAGUCAGCUCUUACUGUAAAGUGACAGUGGCCCUGUUGUCAAACUUUAGUAAACAUUCUGCUUCGUUCUGUGAGCGACGUCUUGGGCAAUCAAUUAUCUCUGAUCUCUGACUUUUUGUGUCUUGCCCUCCUUGUGCAAGGUGUCAAUGGUCAUCUUUUGGACAAAUGUCAAGUCAGCAGUCUCCCCCAUGAUUGUGUAGCCUAGUGAACUAGACUGAGAGACCAUUUA